AUGCCAUCAUCAACAACAUCAUCAUCUUGCACCUCACCUGAUCCCUCCCACCUCACCAUACCAAGCAAACCCACGGCUCCAAUAUCAUAUACCUUCUUCCCAGGCGCCAACCCCAGUUCCUCCCCCUCAACCCACCUGAUAAUCUUCAUAAAUGGCCUCGGCCUCCCUGCCGCCUCCUGGACCCCCAGCAUAAACAUUCUCCGCACUAAACUCCCCUCGCACCCAGCUUGUCUAACCUACGACCGCUACGGCCAAGGACUAACAACCGCACGGGACCCUAUCGACGGCAGCCCCGGAAAAGAAGAUGGCCACGAUUUCCUCGACGUCGUAGCGGACUUGCACGAGAUCAUCAAUGUCAUUGCAGCCACGAAAUUUAGUUUCGCCGACGACGCAAAAGAUAUAGAGAAUGGAAAACUACAGCUAUUAAUGAUAGGCUCCUCUAUCGGUUGCCCUAUCAUCCGUCUCUACGCGCAACACCACUCGGGUCUAGUAUCCGGCGCCAUAUUCCUCGAUUCUAACAUAGCGAACGCGAAUUUCUCAGAUUUCCUCCCGGAUCCGGACGACCCUUCUUUCACUCCUGACAUGGUGGUUGCGGAUGAUUGCACGCUGAUGCAAUAUAGAGGUGCGAGGGAUCGACUCGCUGCUAUGUUUGAUCUUGGUGUAAAGAAUGCCGAGAAUUUGGAUCGAAGGAGUGGGAGAACGUUGUUACCGAGUGCUGAGAGCCCCAAACUGGUGGGACCAGCGGGGAAAGGACCUUGGUUGAAUGUUGUAGGACAUGAUCCUGAGGUGUUUGCGGAGAGUGGGUUGGAGAGGAUGGGGACGCCGAAGAGUUUGACUAUGAGGUUUACUAAUCCGUAUUGGGCCAAGUAUAAUAAAGGGCUUACGCGUAUUACGGAUCCAGAGAGGUGCCAGGGUGUCGCUAUUGCAAAGGGCUGUGGCCAUUUUAUUCACUCUGAUGAUCCUGAGUUUGUGGCGGGUGAGGUUAUGAGUAUUAUUGAGAAGCUAGGAUGGUGA